AUGGCGCAGGCUCUCAGAGGCACCGUGACCGACUUCCCCGGCUUUGACGAGCGGGCGGAUGCGGAAGCCCUCCGGAAUGCCAUGAAGGGCCUGGGCACCGAUGAGGAGACCAUCCUGACCCUGCUGACCGCCCGCAGCAAUGCGCAGCGCCAAGAGAUCGUGUCUGCCUUCAAGACGCUGUACGGCCGGGACCUCCUGGACGACCUGAAGUCGGAGCUGACGGGGAAGUUCGAGAAGCUGAUCGUGGCGCUGAUGAAGCCCUCGAGGCUGUACGACGCCUACGAGCUGAAGCACGCCCUCAAGGGAGCAGGGACGGAUGAGAAAGUCCUGACGGAAAUCAUUGCUUCCCGGACCCCUGAGGAGCUCACAGCCAUAAAGAACACCUACGAAGAAGAAUACGGCUCGAGCCUGGAAGACGAUGUGGUGGGGGACACCUCGGGGUUCUACCAAAGGAUGCUGGUGGUUCUCCUCCAGGCUAACCGAGACCCCGACAGUGGGAUCGACGAGGCGCAGGUUGAACUGGACGCACAGACGCUGUUCCAGGCGGGAGAGCUGAAGUGGGGCACGGAUGAGGAGAAGUUCAUCACCAUCUUCGGGACGCGCAGCGUGUCGCACCUGCGGCGGGUGUUCGACAAGUACAUGACUAUCUCGGGAUUCCAGAUCGAGGAAACCAUUGACCGGGAGACUUCCGGAAACCUGGAGCAGCUGCUGCUGGCUGUCGUGAAGUGCAUCCGGAGCAUCCCUGCCUACCUGGCCGAGACCCUCUACUACGCGAUGAAGGGCGCCGGCACUGACGACCACACCCUCAUCAGGGUCAUUGUGUCCAGGAGCGAGGUCGACCUGCUCAACAUCAGGAAGGAGUUCCGGAAGAACUUUGCCACCUCGCUCUACUCCAUGAUCAAGGGCGACACGUCCGGGGACUACAAGAAAGCCCUCCUGCUGCUCUGCGGGGGCGAAGACGACUGA